AGGAGGAGGAGGCUGUCAUAGAUCUCAGUGCAAAUGUGGAAGCACUUACGGCCCUGGAAAGGGUUAAAGAGAAAAAAGAGAGGAUAAAAGCGGCUUGUUUAGAGCAAAAGCUGUCAGAGCUGCUCAGCAGCGACGUUUCCUUGACGGCAUCCAGAAGGAGCUCCUCUUAGUUGCUCCUCAGCUGCUCUUCUUCCUCGGCCAAUCCGCUCUCCUCCAGACCUGUCAUCUUGUCAGCGCAGAAGUGGACGGUCCGGAGGGCCGCUUUUUUCCCGCGGAUGUCGGCAGCCCGAACCUGAAGUCCAGCCAGCGCCUGCCAGGAGCCCAAAUGCGUUUGCCACUCGUCGCCAUUGUCAUGUCUUUGCUUUGCGACGCCAUCAGGAGCGUGAGCUGGCCCUACGCUGAGCAAGAUUGGUCGCGGAGUUGCACAAACUGCAAGGAGUGUUCCCGCGACAACGGCUGCGUGCGCUGCGCCGAGCGCCUCUUCCUUCUGCUGCGUAGGCAUGGUGUGGCCCAGCACGGAAGUUGCCUGCACGCCUGCCCCACAGGAUACUUUGGCCAGAGGGGGCGCCACCUCAACCGAUGCUUAAAGUGCCGAUCGGCCAACUGCGAGCGCUGCUUCGGACGGGACUUUUGCACGCGGUGCAAAUUGGGCUUCCACCUCUUCAGCGGCCGCUGCCUGAGCGUCUGUCCCUCCGGGACCUUGGCCAACAACUCCCAAUGUCUUGACGAGUGUGUCCUGGCAUCGCUGUCCGAGUGGAGUGCGUGGAGCGCCUGCCUGCGUGAUGGCGCCCCUUGCGGCUUCAGGUCGGGACAGCAGAGCCGCACGCGGGAGAGCGCCCCGCCCAAGCACACUCCGCCCGAGCACGCCCUACCCGAGCGCGCCCCGCCCGAGCGCACCACCUGCCCGUUGCAUCGCGAGACCAGAAAGUGCCGGAUGACCAUGAUGUGCCCCGCAGGCGCCAGAAGGCCGAGGACGCGAGGACGAGGCAGCGAGCAUCCAAAGAAACCGCUGUGGAUGCUGGCCAUCAGCAACGCCAGCAAUGUGCGCAACGUUUUCUGAGAUGCCCAGCAGGCCUGCCCGCUCGAGGACAACAACGAGGCAACAAUUCAAGAGUCGACCGCAAACUGGGACACCCUCUUGUCAAUUUAGUGCACCUCGAUAACACGGACGCAAGGAUAUCGCGGUGCUAUUAAAGGUCCCAAGACGGAAGGGGCGGAGCUGCAACAAACAGUUGCUGAAAAGGUCUUUCCAAAGUGGCCCCGCUUGAAUGUGGACGUGCGUUUGGACAAGAGGGCGAGCUUUCAGAGGGCAGGUCAGCGGUCGCAUUUAAAGGGGCGGGCCUCUAGCCGCUAUGCUUGCGCAAUGGCAAAAUGUCAGCGGCCCAGAGCGGAGGGGUCCAGAGCGGAUGGGCCCAAAUUUGUGUGCUGAGGCACACAACUGCAACUUUCAAAAUACGAGUCGUGUUUUAUUUGGACUGUGAGGCCCAGUCCGAAGCGGUGGACGGGCCCCGCCUAAAUCAACCACAAAAGCUAUCCAGAUAUGCAGCAAAUUCAUCAGCAGAGACAACCGCAAAAAGGGGCGGGGCUUGAGACAGCGGCCCCGUGAGAAUUUGUGCCCCCCUACCAUUUUGAGAACGGUGAGUCCUGGACAUCGACUGACUCUUUGUCUUCCUGGGGGUCUGUUCAGGUAGUGUGGCAAAUUUGAACAGGUUGCCUCCUUCCUAGCCCAAAUUACAGGGGGCGAACAAAUCCUCACAGCGGCCCUGUGAGAAUAAGUACCCCCCCAUUACACUUUUUACAUUGCUGUAGUGUCAGCAUUUAAUUAUAAUGCACUCAUUUUAAUGCAAAUUAAUAAAUGCAACAAUAUUAAGUUGCUUUGAAAAUAAAUGAAUAAUAAAAAUAGAUUAAUGAUAAUCACAAUGAAGUAUAAGGUCUCCUUUGUAAUAUA